GGAACACGUAUUUAAUUUAUUUUAGAAACUAAGUGGAUUCAGGACAGUCUUCUAGAAAAAGUUGACUCAAUUUUUGUUUCUUAUGCGACGAGAGCCAGUGUCGUGUAUAAAAUACAAUUAUUUUUAAACGAAGGAACCAAUUUUUUUCGUAUUAUAGUUCAGUGUUGACUACGGCUGACAGAAUAGAGGUUAGAAUAACAAAGUUUUUUAUAUAUUCAUUAAUAUAAAAAUGAGGCCGACUCAGAGAAGACAGCAAGGUUUACAAUAUGGAAUUUAUUUAUUGGCAUUACAAGCCGUAAAUUUUGGAGUUGACAAAAUUCCUCCAGCUACCCUGAUUGGAAUUAUUGGACAGGCACUUCUUUAUAUGGGAGUUAUCGCAGUUCCCUGGGAGGCGGAAGAUGUUUGCAUAUCAGCGCUAAAAGUGAUAAAACGCCGUGACUGGCGAUCGUUCAUCGUUUCGAAUUUCGAACAUGGUUCCGACAUGCAUUUAUACUACAACAUGGUGUCCUUUAUCCUCAAAGGUCACUAUCUGGAACCAAUGUACGGUACUGCAAAUUUUGUCCUUCUCCUGGGUCUUUUGUCAGCAGGAUGUAGUGCCAUGUACGUUUCCCUUGGAUAUGUCCUAACUCAAAUCACGGGAGAUUAUUCGUACUAUACUGCUUGUGCGAUUGGAUUUUCCGCCGUUUUAUUUGCUCUGAAAGUAAUAGUCGUUUGCGAGGAACACGACAGAUUGCACCAGGUCGGCGGAUUCAGAAUUCCGAGUAAAUUUGCCGUCUGGGCGGAAUUAAUUCUCAUUCAUUUGAUGGUACCAAACGCUUCAUUCAUCGGACAUCUUGGGGGAAUCCUAGUUGGUUGUUUGUACUGUUACACUUUUGUUGGAGAGUUCAUAGACGGAAAACUUUACUAUUUAACUGGGAAGCCCAUCAUUCAUGAAGAACAAUUUUACAGGAGACGCAGCAAUUUGUUCUCUUCGCGCUUUUGAAAUGAAAAUUUGAAGGAAAAGUUUCAAGGAUUUGGGAUGGAAAACAAAAUUUUACAUUCCUUUUAUUGAGAAUGUAGUCUGUGAUAAACAUUUUUGAAAGAUGUACUUCGACUUUGAAGGAUAAUAAUUUAAGGGGCCGUACUUAAAUUGCGUAACGGUUCAAGGGGAAGUAAAUUAUACAAUAAAUUACAUUAAUUAUACGGAAAUUUAUUAUGAAUUUUACUUUACGCAAAAAAAACAUGUUGAGUAAAAAACAAACCUAGCGAACAAUAUAUUUUUUUUAAGUCGAGGAAUUUUAUUGUUUAGUGAAAAGUCGGGGACUUAAAAAAAAAUCUUGGAAAAGUUAGGGACUUAAUAUAUAACUUUUAAUAACUGUCAAGCAGAAUAAAUUGGUAAUUUUUCAAUUUUAAUUUGAAAUUCUUUUUUUCCGUUUUCAAGAGAUUCUAGGUUUAAAAUAUUACAAGCUUAAGAUUCUGAUCUUUGAAUA